CCAUUAACCACAAGGUCUCAGUAUAACGCGACUGAACAAUCCCUCUCUUUCGCUCUCGCUGGAUCGCCCGCACAGUCGCUGAAAUCGAAGGAUCAACCCGAAACGCCCUCGCCGACGCCGACAAGUGUCUGAAAUAUGCUCCGACACCGCUUUCUCUCUUCACUCCGCACCCGUGGUGGAGCCGCCGCCGGACGGAGCCGGUGGACCAGUCCCGGUCACGAGGAACGCCCCAAGGGCUAUCUUUUCAAUCGGACACCGCCUCCACCAGGUCAGUCCCGUAAAUGGGAGGAUUGGGAGCUUCCUUGUUAUGUUACUAGUUUUCUUACUAUUGUAAUUCUUGGCGUUGGCCUCAACGCCAAGCCUGAUCUCACAAUUGAGACUUGGGCUCACCAGAAAGCCCUUGAGCGCCUUGAGAUGGAGAAGCUGGGUAUAUCUGGCUCUGGAUCAUCUGAAUCUGAUUGAAUUUCGUGAUCCUUAUGCAUUUUGGGAACUGGGUUGUCUUAUUUUGAUUCCUCCGUUGAAAAGGGGUUUCGGAUAUAUGGUGGGUUUCAUGAGAUGGUGUCGAUAUCCUGUAGUUCAAUAAGUUUUCCUACAUGUUUUUCCUGGCUCCUGUGGAGCUUCAAUAACUGGUUUAUUUUUAAUCAUUAACUUCGGACAUAUUUGACGUAAAUGUCAAGUAUUUAAGAAUUUUUACUUUCUGCUAUGUUUCAAUUCAGCUUCCAAUGUGAAUUAUAUAUACGGAUUCUCUAGUAAUUUAGUUCUGCUGGAAGUCUUAUGACA